AUGUUACCCGCGGCGACGCUGGCCAUGUCUCCGACGUGCUUCGCCGCCGUGCGCGCCGCGGCUAACAUGAAACCCUCCUCCGCAGGGCCUCCGAAGAGGUCCCAACCCCAAACUCUCACCACCACCGCCGCCGCCGCCGCCGCUCAAGGGUUCGGCGGCAAGAGAAAAGAUCCCGUGUGGCAGUGCAUACAGAACUGCGGCGCCUGCUGCAAGCUCGACAAGGGCCCCACUUUUCCAACCCCUGAGGAAGUCUUUGACGACCCUUCUGAUAUUGAGCUGUACAAAAGCAUGGUUGGUGAAGAUGGGUGGUGCAUAAACUAUGAUAAGGGAUCAAGAAAAUGCUCCAUUUAUGCCGAGCGUCCUUACUUUUGUCGGGUCGAGCCUGGGAUUUUUGAGGUCUUGUAUGGUAUUGACAAGAAGAAGUUCAACAAGGAGGCUUGCAGUUGCUGUGUGGACACGAUUAAAUCUGUUUACGGCACGAACUCACAAGAAUUGGAGGAGUUCAAUCAAGCUGUAUGGAGCACCUCUCAGAAAUCAGGAAUCUUGUAA